UCCUUUUUUAUAUUGCGUUCGAAGAAGUAAUAGCAAUGCGGUGCUCCAUUAUAAUUAUAUUAUUGGCGAUAACCUUUGGGCGAUCUCUGUGCGAGCAUUGUGAGGUGGAUGAGUCUCAAGGCGAGUGCGGAGGCUACUGUUACGGAGCUAUAAAACCGGUCCUGGAGUACCUAGCCAUCCUGCAAAAGCGAGUGGAGUCCUGUGAGGCCAAACAGCCGGCAGAUACGCUCUCGAAAAUCGUGCACAUGGAAGAAAAGUUGAAGACUCUUGGCAGGCAGAUGGCGAUCCAGGAAGAGUUGGAAAAGAGCACACAGGCGAAAAUGGAAAAAUUAGAGCUGCAAUUCGGCAUCCGAGCCGAAGGAAAUACCAAAUCCUAAGCCUACAAAUUUAUAACUCUUCAAAAAAGUCAAAAAAGUUUAUUUCGACCACUACUGGUAUCAAGAUCUACCCAAUAGUUGCGGUACGACUUUAGCAUUCUGCGGAGUGCCUUCAUCUCAUCCUCGCUUUGCAGACUCACCAAAUGGACUCCCAUCUCACGGCAUUUAUUCAAGGCUCCCUGCCAGCUCGUUUUAUUUUCGUUUUCUAUGUAAUAGUAUUUGGAACGGACUUUUUCGAAGAAUUGUACAUUUUAUUUCGACAACUACUGGUAUCAAGGGAGCCUUCUUUCACCUGGCAGGAAAACCAACCCAAUACUCAGUGAACUCUGAACAUUCCGUCUCGAUACAUACCUUUAACGCCGAAGGUGCAAUGAACGACAGAAAUUGCGAUCAGACACAUAACUUUAUCUGCGAAGCGUCUUAGAAUUAAGCCACAUGACAAUUUUGACAACAUUGUAAGUUGUGUGGAACGUACAACUCAAUAAAAAAAAAUAACAUUUACUGUGGGUAAAAAA